CUUUAGUCGACUUUGUUCGGCUUGGAAACGUUGACGUCGCUCGUUCCCACUCGUCUCCAUGAGACUCUGGCAGUGUGUCUUGUUACUUCGUAAAUAAGGUCCUUGUUUUUCGCUGCUUAUCGAGCGCGUUGCAAGCUGAAUUCAAAGCUAAGCAAACACCAACAAUUGCGUUUUGACUUUCGUUUCGCUCUCGUUUUCUGUUUCUUUGACUGCUAGAAAAGUAAAAGGAUCGCUGGCGAAAAAAACAAAAUAGUCAGGAGGAAUUGCAUCUCUUGUCCAUUUGAGACGAACACUCGAUCAAGUGUCUCUGCGUGAGUUGUGUGUUCGUUACGUGGAGCCCAUUUGAACGCCUCCCAACGAAGAAGCGGCUUUUUGCCAACAUUGUGUCGGAGAGACCGUCAUGAGGAUUGACGAUCUUGAACAGCCCGCCGUGCUAACGUAGUUGCAUUACUCUUUUCGUUGGAGAAUAAAAAAACGAGUGAACUAUAGUGAAUGAACAUCUCCAAAAGUGGGCACUUGGCCAAAAAAAACAAAAAACAAACGUAAUUCAACUCUUAUUUUGAUUCAUUUUUUUAAAAAUCCGACCUACGUUGGCACCCUUGCAUCGAGUUGUUAAUUUUACCGCUAGAUGUCUCUAGCAGUUAGAGAAAUCAAAGGACAAAUCGAGAAAACGCACAAUCAUAAAGCAAAACAAACUCUACUAAACAAACAAACGAAGAGCGCACGAGAACUUUACGACGAUUAGAACUUGUUUUUUAUUUGCUUUUGCAUUUAUCAUCGGCCAACAAGAUCAACUGGUACCCCUCCUUGCAUUACCCAAAAAUUCCGUCAGUGUAACUCUGGUCAAACUCCCAGUUGGAGGACCGAUCAUUCCCCUCUCGAAACCUCAAUUUGUGUUACACUGCCCUCAAAUCGUGGGAAAGGGGGGAAACAAAAAAGUGGAAAUCAAACAAUCAACCAUGGAAGAACCUUAUUCAAAAGACGGAUUUCGCAAAUAUCCCACAUUACGUGACCAUCCACUGAAAACAGCAGCUCAAUGGUUAGCCGGCCGGACGGCGGACGAUGGGUACGGUCAUCUGUGGCGCGUCGGCGAUAAGCUUUACGAUCUGUCAGAUUUCAUUAAGAUCCAUCCAGGUGGCCGUCAAUGGCUGGAAGUGACGCGCGGAAUGGACAUCACCGAAGCUUUCGAAUAUUCCCACUUGAAUCCUCACGUUCGCACCGUCCUGGCCAAAUACUACGUCCAACCGGCUGUAGGUUCUCGCAAUUCGCCCUACACUUUCGAAGCUGACGGCUUCUACAUGACCCUAAAAGAACGCGUUCAUCAACAUCUCUCCACUAAAGUGAGUCGCGAAGAAAAGGAGGCGGCACACAAACGAAUCACCACCGUCCAGGAUCGCCUCCUUUUCACGUUUUUCACGCUGUUGGUUGCCACUGCCUGGACGCAGUCGUACAUGGUUGCCAUGUUAGCCGGAAUUGUCCUGAUGCUCAUCAUCAAUUGCUCGCAUAAUUUCUACCACAAAAAGGACAACUGGAGGAUGUUUUGCUGGGAUUUGGGACUCUUGUCGUCUUACGAAUGGCGCAUUACCCACGCCCUUAGUCACCAUGGUUACACCAAUACGUUGUGGGAUUUUGAACUGUCCGAUUUCGAGCCUUACGUCGACUUUCGUGUUCAUUCGAAAUCACUGACCCAGCGCUACGUGAUCCCUUUGGUUAUCUUCACUGUGUCGUACCUGUUCUUCUUCGUCGAAGCUUUUAAACGGAUCGUUACGAUCGCCAUUGGUCAGCAGCGUUUGCGGCCGGAGAACUUGCUGCCGUUGGUUCAAUUGUUCCUCAUUUGGUGGCUGGGCUGCCCGUUCGUUCAAGCUGUUAAAUUGUGGCUAGUCGUACACGGAACGAGUAGUUAUCUGUUCGCCAUCGUCGGAAUCAUAGCAGCUCACCAUCAUCCGGACAUGUAUCACGCCGGAGACGGAGCGUUCCAGUACGGCAACGAUUGGGGUCUGGGUCAGCUGGACGCUGUUCGCGAUCGCAAAGACGUGGAUGGCAUUUUAUUAGCCGAGUUGACCAUGUACGGCAAUCACGUCCUGCAUCAUCUCUUCCCAACGCUGGAUCACGGCGUGCUGGACAUUAUCAGGCCCGUCUUCCAGCAGACAUGUCUCGAUUUCAAAUUGCCCGCCGAGCUGGCGCAGUUACCGAGCCGCUACACUCAGUGGGAUUUGUCGCUGGGCGUGUUCCAGCAGCUGGCCCGCACCCAACCCCGUCUUUCAGUCCAUUCUAAAUCAGACUGAUACCCCCCCAUCGACGUCCAGUUAGAAAGAAAGAAACAUGAUUAUUAUUAUGUUUUGUUUUGUUGUUUUCUUUAUUCUUAUCUCGUUUUCCUUAGCGGAUUAUAUAAUAAAUAUACAAUGAGAGAUAGCAUUGGCAGAAAUACAGCUCGCUGUACUAUAAUGUGAAA